CAACAGUUUGAGUUAAACCUCCAACACCGCUUUAUUGACAUUUAAAAGUUCAUCCCGGUAAUUACUCAAAAUAUAACAAUUCUGACACAUUUAUUGAACGACACGUAAUACAAUCAUGUCCACACAAAAAAUUGCCUUGGUGACUGGAAGCAACAAGGGUAUAGGGUUUGCUAUUGUAAAGGGGCUAUGCGAAAAAUUCGAUGGGGCUGUUUAUUUAACGUCGAGGGAUGAAGGCAGAGGUGAAAAAGCUGUAAAAGAGUUAAACAAACUCGGUUUAAAGCCUCUAUUUCAUCAACUCGAUAUUAACUCUCAAGAAAGUGUUAAUAAAUUAAGGGAUGAUUUAAAAAAUGUCCAUGGAGGAAUUGAUUUAUUGAUAAAUAACGCAGCUAUCGCCUUUACUAACGAUUCAACUGAGCCUUUUGAGGUACAAGCCCAGGAAACAGUGUCUGUCAAUUAUUUCAGCACUCUAAGAUGUUGUGAAGCCCUGUUUCCUUUGCUUCGCCAAAAUGCCAAAGUGGUGAAUAUUUCGAGUUCUUCGGGACACCUUUCCAGAAUUCCAUCGGAAUCUUUAAGAAGCAAAUUUAGCGAUCCAAAAUUAACAAUUCCAGAGUUAAAUAAGUUGAUGGAGAAAUUUGUUCAAGAUGCCAAAGACAACAAAAAUAAAGAAGAAGGCUGGGGAAGCAGCGCCUACGUUGUGUCAAAAGUCGGCCUUACAGCUUUGACAAUCAUCCAACAGAGGGAGUUUGAUGCCGAACAGCCAAACAGAAACGUCAUGAUCAACGCUGUGCACCCAGGCUACGUUGAUACCGACAUGACCAGUCACAAGGGCCCUCUGACUAUAGAAGAAGGCGCCAGAGCCCCCCUUUAUUUAGCCCUUGAAGCCAGUUUGAAGGGGAAAUAUGUUUGGUUCGACUCGCAGGAGGUUAAUUGGUAUGGGGAGAAUACCCCAUCUCUUGGUUAAGUGUGAAAGUUUUGUUUUUUUUUUCAUUUUUAAUACGCAAUUAUUACUUAUAUUGUAACUUAACACCAAAGUAGAUAGAAAUUAUUCUUGUAUUUUAAUAGGUCAAUAAAAAGGUUUAUUUUAGAU